AUGGGAAAGUCCAGUUCUAGCAGCAGUAGCAGCAGCUGCUCGUCAGAUGAUGAAAUGCGCCAUCUACCCAAACACGAAAAGAAAAUGCGCAAAAAAUGGAAAAAAGGUUGCAGAAAGGGAAGGAUACCUUGUGGCCAAAUGCCUCCAUGGCAAGGAGGACCACAGUGGUGUCCACCAGCCGGAUUAGGCAAACAUGGAAAACAUGGCAAACAUGGAAAACAUGGCUACCAGACUGGCUACCCACAAGGAGCAUACGGCGCAGGCCAUGUUCCUGGAGCCUACCCUACAGGACAUGUACCAGGAGCCUACCCCCAGGGACACGUUCCAGGUGCCUACCCACAGGGACACAUGCCGGGUGCUUACCCUCAGGGGCACAUGCCUGGAGCCUACCCACCUGCUGGGGGGCCAGGAGCCUAUCCUAACCCUGGCUACCCCGGAAGCUACCCGGCUGGGCCGAGUCCUUAUCCUGGACAGCCAGGCUAUGGGGCGCCUGGUUACCCUGGUGGUGCGCCUUAUGCUGCAGGUGGUGUCCCAUAUGGUGCUGGAGGUGCUCCCACUGGGCCAUUCCAAGCCCCACAAGGAGCUUAUCCUCCCCGUGACUACUGA